AGAAGAACGUCAGUUAAAUCGCGUGGCUGUUGAACCCGCUCAUAUAAGUUGAAAACCUCUGGUAUAUUAGGUGUAUAAAGGAUUUCAACUCGACAGCGAGCAUGAGGUGUACUGUAUUACUUUUAUUUAACUAUGUUACAUAAUGACGUCAUACCGUCUUUGAAUGUUUCUAGAACUAAAUUUACAACAAUCUUUUUGUGAGGUAACUGUACUUUAUUACGUCACAAUGCCGCUACCAGGGAUAAUGAAAAUCGACAAAUUGAGUAAAAUUCAACGAGAGGCGAACGUAUUGUUGAAAGAAGCGACCAUGGAUGAAAGGUCUUCACGUUAUAAUAAGGUCGUUGAGAAAUACAAGAAGAUGUUAAAAUCUAUCCAUCCAAGCAACUUACCACCAAGUUUCAUGACCACACCUUCCUACAAUAUGCUCUUGUAUGAAUCCUACUAUCAUCUUGGUACAGCUUUGCAGAACCUGGGAAGACAUAAGGAAUCGGUGCAUGCCUUCACUAAUGCUAUGUUAUCGAUUAAUUUAAGAAAGAACGGCUGUAUGGCUGGCUGCGACUCCAACACAUGUUUCCAAACACCAGUGUUAGCCAAGCGAGCUUUAGCGCACGCAAAGACAGGGGAUUUGAAAAACGCUUUCCGUGAUAUUGAGAAAGCUGUGGUACUCGAUGCUAGAAACCCGGAUCUUUACUGUGUGAGGGCUUUAUUGUGGAGUACGAGGAAAGAAAACGAGAAAGCGAUCAAGGAUUUAGACAAAGCCUUGACCAUCAACCGAUGUCAUGUGUGCGCGUUGUUGUUGCGAGGAACCGUGGACCAACCUUUCCAGUUGUUCGGACUUUUGGAAGGAAUUUCAACGAAUGUCAAGAAAGAUAAAUCGGUGUACCACCAGGAGGCGAUAAAGAUCAACCACGAUGCGGCGCAAUUUACAGACGUGGGGAGCGUUCAUAGUCCCAAGAUAAUGCCGUUUUGGAAUAGGUUUCUAUGGUCAUUGAAUGUCCCUCGCACCGUCAUGCAUGUCGACCUGACAUCAGCCAUUAUUUCGCAAUACAAUAACACCAUUGUGAUGCAAGAACAACCACCAGCCCCCCAAAACCGAUCCACCUCCGCUACCCCUCUCGUGUCCGGCCACCGAAACGUCACUCAUGACGUCAGCAAUGACGUAGGGGUCCCUAAGCCGUUCAGAUGUGGAACCCCCCAUAAACCAUCAACCGCCCCAGCCACCAAGACGCACAGAAGGCUAUCUUACGGGGAAGCUAUUAGGACUUAUUCGGCCAAGAGACAAGACACCGGAGUAUCGGAAUAUAUUCAACGGCUGGUGGCGCACGCGAGCAGGCCAACAACGGCUAAAAGUACGAAGACGGAAAUUCCUUCAAUUAAAAUUUCACGUCCACCGAGUUGCAACUCCCCUGCUCGAUCAGUGAGCCGGAGAUCCAGCUCCCACACUGCUGUUCCAACCAACCAUCUACACUCCCCAACACUUUACCCACAAGCCAAUCGUCGUCAAUCUGUCAUUUCCGUUUCGUCGUGUCCAAUCCCAUACAACAGGGAGCAUUCACCUAGUAUCCGUAGGCCAUCUCUUGCCCCACCUAGCGAACGGAGGAGGGCGAGCAUCGCUGCAGGAAACAGCCACGAGAGGGCAGCAAAUUUCGCUACUUUGGUACAUGGAAUAGAGGUAUUCAACAAGGUAAACGUGGACGAAGCGCCAAGAAUGUAUUACAAGCCAUGGGGUGGGGACAAACUGCCUGUAGCUCAACUACCGCAACGUGCUAAGCUUGAGGCGUUCCGUGUAUGACGUCAUAAUUAAUAUGACGUCAUUGGGUGCUGACGUUUUGUUUAUAAAUCGACAUCAGGGACAAGCGUUGAUGCUUUGUUCCUGGGUGGUGUUUAGUCACGUUAUAUCCUGUAUAGUGACGUCAUUAUGACGUAAUUCACUGUGAAACUAUUAUUUAGUUCAUAAAAGUCGGUUCUUCGAUUGCCAUUUAACUUUUAUUGUCGAAUUUCGCUGUUUUUCGAUAAAAAAAUCCGUCGCAA